AUGGCAGAAGGAGAGACAGAGUCACCUGGGCCCAAAAAGCUUGGUCCUUACAUCUCAUCUGUAACCAGCUGGAGUGUAAAUUUGAUGAUUCGAGGAGUGGUGCUGUUUUUCAUUGGAGUAUUUCUGGCAUUAGUGUUAAACUUACUUCAGAUUCAGAGGAAUGUGACACUAUUCCCACCUGAUGUGAUUGCAAGCAUCUUUUCCUCAGCAUGGUGGGUGCCGCCGUGCUGUGGCACAGCCUCAGCGGUGAUUGGGUUAUUAUACCCCUGCAUUGACAGGCAUCUAGGAGAACCACAUAAAUUUAAAAGAGAGUGGUCCAGUGUAAUGCGGUGCGUAGCCGUCUUUGUUGGUAUAAAUCAUGCCAGCGCUAAAGUGGACUUUGAUAACAACAUACAGUUGUCUCUCACACUGGCUGCUCUCUCCAUUGGACUGUGGUGGACUUUUGAUAGAUCUCGAACUGGUUUUGGCCUCGGAGUAGGAAUUGCUUUCUUGGCAACCUUGGUCACUCAACUGCUCGUCUAUAAUGGUGUUUAUCAAUAUACUUCUCCAGAUUUUCUCUAUGUUCGCUCUUGGUUACCAUGUAUAUUUUUUGCUGGAGGCAUAACAAUGGGAAAUAUUGGUCGACAACUGGCAAUGUAUGAAUGCAAAGUGAUCGCAGAAAAAUCUCAUCAGGAAUGA